CAUGACGGGUUAAAAAGCAUUGAGACUCCCCGUACCGUUGUUGUUCUUGUUUUUCUCGUUUUAGUCCUCUAUUAAUACCCUGGAUUUUCAUUUUCAACCACCUUCGCUUCAUCGUUGAUACGAACGCUCAAACUCAGGAGACUAACCACAUUCGCUAUUAUAUCUACCUUUGUCGAUCACUACAUCAUCGAACGGUAUUAAUACCAGCACCAGCUCGUCAACGGGCAUAAUAAACACGAAGCGGGCGCGUACAAACAAACUACUGACACCCGACGGGAACGCUGCUUAGCAUAACACUGCUCGACACCACCACAACAACACCAGCAACAUGGCUACUACCACAGCCACAGCGACCGUCUCGGCCCCGAAGGUGACGCCCUCGUCGGCGUGCGGCGUGCGGCUCUUCGACACGCCGGUGCACGACGCGGUGUGCGCGAUGCCGUCGAGCGGGAACUACACAGACGUGAUGGCGGCGUGCUGCCAGAACGCGGACGUGGUGUCGUACUACGACGGGUGCGGGCUGUACUGCCUGGCGGCGGGGCAGACGGUCGCGGAGCUGACGGCGUGCCUGUUCGACCGCGGCGCCGCCUACAGCGACGUCUUCUGCCGCGGCGAGGUCAACGCCACGGCCACCGGCGCUGCAACUGGCGCGGUCCUGCCCUCCGACGCCAGCGCCAGCGUCGUCUUCACCAACGGCAACACCCGGCCGACCGGCAGCAGCAGCAGCAGCAACACCGACGACAGCUCGCCCGACUCGUCCGACUCCCCCGCCGCCGCCCCCGUGCUUCGCCCCGACUUCGCCGGCGUGUCGACCCUCGGCUUGACGAUUGGCGCCCUGCUGUUCUCCGCGACUGCGUUCGGCGCGUUCCAGCUGUAGGGAUUGGGAGAUGCUUGGGAGGGGAGGAGGAUGGGAUAAGAGAUUAUACACAAGCAAGGCAGGAAGCGGGCGGAGAUAAAGGGCUACAGGGAUAGAAAAAGGAUUUUAUAAUAUAUCAUAUCUUGUAUAUAACCUAUCUUCGGAAUCUGGCAGAUCCAUAGAGCAUCACAUGUCUUGGGUUUCCAAUCACUAGACAAUGCAUACCCUGUCUAA